CCCGUGGUUGCAGAGCAGCACAAGGAGCCAGCAGUCAGUCCCUGAGCACAACUGUUGCGGCGGCAGCAGCAGCGGUGGCAGCAGCGGUGCUGACAUUGGGACAGCGGUGUCAGGACAGAGGUGGCAGCAAGAGCUGCGGGACUGGCAGAGGCCAAGGCAGCAUGGCCCUUGCUCUGCACCUCUUCCUCCUGCUCCUCCUGGCCGUGGCCCUGCCUGCCAGGGCUGCACAGGCUGCUCCACUCCAAGUGUGGCGAGCAGAUGAGCAUGCUAGGAAGGCUUCUCCAGCAGCUUGGCUUAAUGAUGAUUUCCAGGGUCUUAACCCUCCACCAGGUGUGUCUGCAGGAAAGACUUUUCAGGCUCCUUUCCUGGUUGCUGCACACAAGCCCCGCUCCCAUGGCAGGGGUCCUCCGAGAAGGAGGAACAAACCUGGAGGAGACAGGAAGUCCCUGGAGGCAUCCAAACACAUGCACAGGAUCUGGAGUGACCUGGAGAGACAACGUGACAUGGAAGGAGAGAGUGUGCUGACAGCUGCAUUUCCCGGAGGAAGCAGUGGCUCCAUGGCAGCCUCUGCCCCAGGAAGGGAGGCGAUGCCAGGCAAAGGCCCCGGAGACUGGGAACGUGACUUCCAUCACUGGGAAACGCUGUUAAAGCACAGUUUAAGGAUGUUGGAGCUUGGUGAUGGUGAACCUGAUGAUGAAGACAAUCCUGAUGACGAAGAUAAUACGUUUGAUGAAGAUGAUCUGGAUUCCCAAUGUGUACCCAUUACUGAGCCUCUGGGAGAUGCUGAGGGUAGGUCAAGGCCUUUUCCCUGGGAGAGCUGCCAGCUCAGAGCCCAAAGCUUGGCCAGGGGGGCAUCACUGCAGGUGCCAGCACAGAACCAGGCACGUGUGUGCCCUCGCCCUGCGCGAUCCCCUCACCGCUCCUGCGGCUCAGUGGUGCCCGUGCAGAUCAGCAGAGAUGGCAGAAGCUUCUGUGGCUGUUGAGUUUCAGGCUGGGACUUCGUUUUGUGGGAUCCAUUCCUGGGAAACGGAAAUAUUUCUCUUAAGGUCCUCCAAGAAGGAAGAAGAAACCUACAGGAGCUCGUAAGUCCCUGGACAUUUCCAAACAUCUGGAACAAAAACAGAGUGGCGUGGACAGCCAGCGUGGUGGGUGCAUUUCCCUCAGCCUUCCCCUGGGACAGAGUAACCGGGGACUUUGGCUGCACAUCUGGACACGCCGUGCCCGGCACAGCGGGAAGUCAUCCAUGCACCACAGUCCAUGCACACCCUAAGAUCCCCCUGCAAUUUCCCAGUCUCUGAGCAUAUCUGGAGGGGCCUGCUCUUUGCAGGAGAGAGGGCCCUGGAGCAGCUCCAAAAUCCUGGCCAUUUUCCUUGUCCUUAUCCAUGUCUUUGACAAGUGUUACCUGGAACAGAAGGGCACAGCACAGAGGAAUUAUAGCAUGCAGGGUCAGGGGUUUGGGUACUGAGCAGUCCUGUGCCAAGGGGCAGCAAAAUGCCUGCAGGCCCCAGCUCUGGGGGAAACAGGGAGUGAGGACGUCCUGCCCGUAUGCACCACGCUGCAUUUCAGCAGUGCAGCACAGCACGGGCUCACGCUCCCCAUUGCUCCAACAGAUGCAGCCGAGAACUCAACAGAUUGGAAAAGCAUGAGAAGAACUUUCAGCUCGGAAACAUCCUUUUUGAUUACGUUGAUGGCCAUUGUGGCACCUGCAGCACUGUCCCUGAUGAUGUGCUAUGCCAGAAUCUGGUAUUGCUCGAAGAGAAAACGGUGAGUGUUUCGCGAUUCUCUGUCUCAAGCAGCUUCCUUUAAAGGCUGCUCAUAGUCAGGGAAUAUUCCCAGAGAGUUUGCAGUGGAGCUGUGGCCAGUCCCUGGUUGUCCAGAUAUCUCUGCUGAGGGUUCUGCUGCUGCCCAGUGCUUCCAUUGGCCUCUCAAUUGCUGGGCCUUGU